AUGUUUACAUCGGCCAAAUCAGUGGCAUUACCAAAUACUUCUAUAUUAACUAAGAAUGAAUUUAAUCCUAGAACUAUAAAUGAAGAACCUGGUAUUGCUUUGACUGAAACUCAUAUUGAAAUUAUUGAUGAUGAUAAUCAAAAAUUAUUAUUGAAUAUUAUAGAUACACCAGGAUUUGGAGAAAAUUUGAAUAAUGAAUUGUGUUUUAUUGAAAUUGAAAAUUAUUUGAAACAACAAUUUGAUUUAGUAUUAGCUGAAGAAACAAGAAUUAAAAGAAAUCCUCGUUUUGUUGAUACUAGAGUACAUGUUAUGUUAUACUUUAUUACUCCUACUGGACAUGGAUUAAGAGAAAUUGAUAUACAAUGUAUGAAAAGAUUGAGUAAAUAUGUCAAUAUUAUUCCUGUUAUUGGUAAAGCUGAUUCAUUUACUUUAAAUGAAUUGCAACAUUUUAAACAACAAAUUAGAAUUGAUAUUCAAAAAUUUAAUGUUCCAACUUUUCAAUUUGAUAAUUCUUUAAAUGAUUAUGAUGAAGAUGAGGAUUAUGAUUUGAUUCAAGAAUGUAAAUUUUUAACCAAUUUACAACCAUUUGCUGUUGUCACUUCAGAAGAUGUUUUUGAAGUUAGAGAAUCAACUAAAGGAGGUGGUAAUAAUGAUAAACCCAAAAUUAUAAGAGCAAGAAAAUAUCCUUGGGGGUUAGUUGAUAUUAAUGAUACUAGAUAUAGUGAUUUCCCUAUUUUGAAAUCGGUAUUGUUGGGGUCUCAUUUACAAGAUUUGAAAGAUUUGACUCAUGAUUUCUUGUAUGAAACUUAUAGAACUGAAAGAUUGACCAAAGUUACUGGGAAUGGACAAGCGUUUGAUGAUGAAGAAAAUGAAGAUGCCGAAUUCCAUGAUACUGUUGAACAUCAACUCAAUGAUUCCAGUAGAGGUGGAGUUAGUGGUGGGGUCAAUGAUACCAAUAAUAAUUCUACAAUCCCAUCAAUGUCUAAUUUGGCUCAAUUGACAAAUAGUACCAAUGAUCAUGAUCCAAAUCAUAUUGAUAACAAUUCAAUAACAUCAACUAGUUCAUCAAUAAAGAAGUCCACUUCAAUGUUGAUAGAUGAUCAUCAAUCAUCAUCACCGAAAUUGAAAAAUAUAAGUUCUUUUACAUCAUCUACUUCGACUGUAUCACUUGAAGGUGGUGAAAAGGAAGGUAGUAGUGGUCAACAUCAUCAUGAAAGAGGAGCCAAUAAUAAUGCCUUUAAAAGAUUGUCAAUCGGACCUCAACGUAAUCAAUUGCGUCAAAUUUCAGAGACUGUACCUUAUGUGUUGAGACAUGAAAGAAUUUUGGAGAGACAACAAAAAUUGGAAGAAAUGGAACAAGCAAGUGCCCGAGAAUUGGCUAAUAGAGCUGCACUUUUGGAAAAGAAGGCAGCACAAUUGAAGGCUAAAGAAAAGGCUUUAAGACAAUUAGAAUUAAAUAGACAACAAAAACAAGACCUGGCUACUUCAAGUUUACAUAGAAAAGAAAGUGAUAUUAGCACCAGCAGUAAUAUUCAUCAAGGUGGUGGUGAUGUUGAUGGUUAUGGUAAAUCUGACCUGGUCAAGAAUAAUGCUAAUGGGAAUAAAAAUGGUCGUCAAGGACAUGAUCAAGGACAUGGUCAAGAUUAUGAUAAUUCAGAAUAUCAUCAUCAUGAUGAUAGUACACCAAAUUAUGAAACUUCAAGAUUGCAAAAGGAUGAAACUUUGACUGAUUUACAUUCAAUUGUAAGCAAUCAUUAG